AUGCAGGAGCCCAUCCCGUUCUUUCUGGAGGUGUACCUCAUGUCAGAAGAGCACGGAGCCCACUUCUGUGAUUCUCAGGCUGCGCUGGUGGAAGCGAAGAAAGGAGCUCAUGUCAUGAAACAGGCGAGUGCAGAUCUGGUGGCCCUCAAACUUCAGGAGAAUCCUCCUGCCCCGGCUAUUGAUUGGGUAGCUUUUGGGGAAAUCAUACCCCAAAACCAAAAGGCUAUUGCCAACUCCCUGAAGUCCUGGAAUGAGACCCUCAGCACCAGGUUGGCUGUCCUGCCCAAGAACCCACCAGCAUUUGACCGGGCUUACUACAAGGCCAAAGUGGCCAAGGCAGGCUUGGUGGAUGAUUUUGAAAAGAAGUAUAACGCCCUGAAGGUUCCUGUGCCCGAGGAUAAAUACUCUGCCCAGGUGGAUGCUGAAGAAAAGGAAGAUAUGAAGCACUGUGCUGAGUUUGUGUCUCAGUCAAAGAUCAGGAUCCAGGAACUGGAGGCCCAGCUAGAGAAAAUGAAGAACAUAGUUCCCUUUGAUCAGAUGACCAUCGAGGAUUUGAAUGAAGCCUUUCCAGAAACCAAAUUAGACAAGCCAAUUGAGAACUUAUAA